CUUCACCGUUCCAUUGCCAUUGCCAUGUUGAUCUUCAAGCUCGAGCGGAUAGACGGGUUCGUGGAGGCGACGGCAGUGCUGGCCGGAAUAUCGACUCGAUGCCAUUUCAAGUUGUCGGCGGCGAUGUUCUCCCUGUACGUGUACCACCAUUCCCUCCGGUGCAACAUAGCCCUCCAAAUAAUGCCUCCCUUCUUCACCACAUACAAUUUCUUCGACCAGAACCCCAACUCCUCAUUCUACAUCGAAAACUUCUUCCGCGCUCUCCUCAACUUUCAGCGCAGCGGAUGCUCUUCGCUGAGCUUCGCCCUCGACCACCACCUCCCCCGCGUGGAGCUGAUCUCAGAAGGAUCUUGCCUCACGCAGCGCGUGAUUGAAUUGCCCCUCUCUCCUGCAGAGGAGAAGGCCUCCACAGAAAUCGACUACUCAGUCUUUGUGUCCAUUGAUUUGCAAGACUUCAAGCCCGUGGCAACCAUGUUUGAUCGCGCUCCUUAUGUUCGCGUUACUUUGUCGCAUUCGGGCGUGAGGUUUGCUUAUGAAGACGAGGAGAUUACUCUCACCGCACAGAGGAAUGAAUGCAUAGUUGGAGGAGUUGGGGCAGGAGAUUCAACACAGCUCAUUCUCACACCCAUUCCCUUGACAUCAUUCUAUAAUAUGACGGGUCACUCCAAAAGGGUGUGGAUUUUCAAGUCAAAUCAUAAGUACAGUGCUGUGCUUACGGCUCCUAUUGGAUUGUAUUCCACUUUUUUUGUGUAUCUUCCACAAUUGAUCUGACCAUUCCCAAACCCCAUUGCUAGCUACUUGUUUAUUUUGUCAUGUGAUUAAUGGCAGCAUUUUCAUA